CUGAAUUGCUUCCUCUCCUCUCCCUCACAUCCCGGCUGUCCUUUGAACGCCGCCUGCUAAAGUUGAGUCUAUCUCUAAACAAGAUCGACAGCUGAGAUCAGCACCGGGAAGCAAGACAGUGAGAACCGCAUAUCCAGAGAGAUGGGAGGCUUCAGUUGGAGGAAAUUUCUCGGCUGGGACCAUCGUCCAGGGCACCCUAGCCAUCGCGAUCGGUCAAUUCGCGAAUCUCAUCGACGGUUGCUGCCACUGCACCGUGACCACUCAAUCCAAUCCGCCAUACCGGCUCCCGAGGUCACCAAGGUUGCUCUCCGGUUGCGCUAUCUCGUCCAAGAGUGUGUCCCUUGCGAACUGGAAGAGCACCAGGUUACCCAACCUCACAGCAAAGUCAUUACCCACAAGGUCAUUGAGGCUGCAAAAGAGGCUGGCGGGACUGAGAAUAGGGCUUGCGUUGUCUACUGUCUUCUCGUCGCCAAGCACUGGUUCCAACAUCAAGCUCUUUGCGAGCUGUGGGAUGCCGACUUGCAUCAGCUUCGUGCCACAGCUUGUGAGGUUAUUGCGAAGCAAAUCAUCGAGACAGAAGAGGAUAUGGAGUAUCUGCUCCAUUCCGUUCUGCUGAAGCGGUAUUCCAUAAUCAUUGACGGAGAGCCUACACCUCCCGUUAAUGCUGUCGAGAAGGCCGUCGACCUACAUUCUUUGCGCGUCAUUGGUUCCUCAGGCUACCAGAAAUGCGUGAGCUAUCUUUGGAAAGGAUGGCUUGUACAGGAUGAAGACGAUCCCGCCAGUUUUAUUGACUAUAAGGACCGUGACAAUACAUCUUUCUGGUCUCACCUAGACCCCGAACGCAUGCGCGCCCCGAUUUAUCAAAACGCCUUUCUGCUGCUCAUUUCCGUCGUGUACCUGGCCCUUUACACGGGCGCGAUCAACACCAUCAACCCCACAGGCGAUUUGGACUUUGUGGAGAUACUUCUUUACAUUUUCACCCUGGGUUUCAUCUUCGACGAGCUGACCAAGCUCUACAAAGCUGGCUAUCAGAUUCUUGGCUUCUGGAAUGCUUUCAAUAGCAUGCUGUAUUCGCUUUUGAUGGUCUCGUUGGCGUUGCGUUUUGUAGCCCUGACCCGCUCGCCUCACGAUAUCAAAGAGCGUGAAAAGUUUAAUUCUUUGAGUUAUAACUUCCUUGCGUUUACAGCCCCCAUGUUUUGGGGGCGACUUCUUCUCUAUCUAGAUUGCUUCCGCUUCUUCGGGGCCAUGCUGGUUGUCUUGAAAGUCAUGAUGAAGGAGAGUAUUAUUUUCUUUGCUCUUCUCAUUGUUGUUAUCAUUGGUUUCCUACAGGCAUUUAUCGGCAUGGAUUAUGCAGAUGAUAUGGCUGGAGAGGAUACAAUUUUCAUCCUCCAAGCAAUGACCAACGCAAUUAUGCAGAGUCCAGAUUUCUCUGGGUUCGAGCGGUUCAGUCCGCCGUUUGGCAUCAUCCUCUAUUAUCUAUUUACCUUUGUUGUUAUGGUUGUUCUCUUAAACGUGCUUAUUGCGUUAUAUAAUAGCGCGUACGAAGACAUCUAUGACAAUUCCGAUGACGAGUAUUUGGCUCUCUUUGCCCAGAGGACGUUACAAUUUGUCCGAGCACCAGAUGAGAAUGUCUUCAUCGCACCUUUCAACUUGAUUGAAAUCUUUUUUCUCAUCAUACCUUUUGAAUGGUGGAUGCCCAAGAAACAAUAUGAACGACUCAACGACAUCGUCAUGAGUAUCAUCUACUCGCCAUUGCUGGUUUGUGCCGCUAUAUAUGAAGUCCGGGUCGCCAGAGAGGUGCGUCGAAAUAGGAGGAGGGGCGAGGACGACGAAGACACGAUUGAAGAGUGGGAGCAGAUGAUGGACCAGGUGGAUUUUGAGGGCGAGGGCUGGGCCAAGAAAGUCGGCGAUAGCAAGGCUAACGUUGAGGAUGAUGCGGCCGUAUUAGAAGUACGAGAGCUGCGAUCCGAGGUGAAAGAGUUGAAGCAACUCUUGGCAAAACUGGUCAAGCAAAAGACAGAGGGCGAUAGUUUACUAUAGUAUCUAUCUUAAGAUGGCUACCCUGGUACCCUGCCAGUUACUAUGAUAUCUCGCUUGAGGACUAGAUAGUCAUGUCUCUUACACGUACAACAGAGGAUGAUCCCCUUUAAUGCAACCAAAGCUCACCUAACGGGAUGCACUAGGGUCACAUUAUCAAGAUGCUAAUAUAUCCAUAAUAGGUAGAAAACUGC